UAAGGAAAUUAAAUUACUAGGAUGAAAUGGCUGAUAGCCUUCCUCAACAAAAAAAAAAAUAGAUAAAAGGAAAGAGCUACAGUUAAAAACUUAGCAAAAGAAACUUCCUAUGCUUUAGAUUGCCACUUUGAUGAAAAGCAGAACUGCAAUAACUAGCUGCUAACACAACACAAAAUUAAAGCCCAUUUUCCACAAAAAUUGCAGUGCUCCAGCUGCCUACCAUCUACAUGAGUACAGGUGUUAAAGCAUUUGAUCAAAACAAAUUUAGGGAGUUAAAAUAUGAAAGCUCUGUUUAAAUGACUAGGCAGGAAAAAUUUUAAAAGUAGUCUAAUUUAACUUAAUCUUAUUUUAGUUAAUCAUUACUACAAAAGCAGUGGUAAAUUCCUUUCCAAGCUCUUAAAUUAAUCUUCUCUGAACUGCAAUGUUUAAGCCAUCAUUCUUUGUUGGCUGUGGUAUGCGAUCCCCUGCUGGCCUGUCAGAAUCUGUGAACAUUAGCUGAAAUGCAAAUAUGCAGGUGUGUAAGAGAUUCUCUUUCCGUUUUCAGAAGAUGAGAACUGAUACGAUAGACAACAACAACACGAAAUCUAGUGCCCCUCUCCUAGCAAACAGAUACCCAAGGAUGGUCACCAAAGAUGGACACAGUACAUUCCAUAUGGAUGGAGCUCAAGGAAAAGGUCUGGCUUACUUGAGAGAUGCCUGGGGAAUACUAAUGGACAUGCGCUGGCGAUGGAUGAUGCUGGUUUUUUCAGCUUCUUUUGUCCUCCACUGGUUAGUCUUUGCAGUGCUUUGGUACCUACUGGCAGAGAUGAAUGGGGACCUGGAACUGGACCAUGAUGCCCCACCUGACAACCACACCAUUUGCGUUAAGUACAUCACCAGCUUUACAGCUGCUUUCUCUUUCUCACUGGAAACGCAACUCACUAUUGGCUAUGGCACCAUGUUCCCAAGUGGGGACUGUCCUAGUGCUAUUGCCUUACUUGCCAUACAGAUGGUCCUGGGGCUCAUGUUAGAGGCCUUCAUCACAGGUGCUUUUGUGGCAAAGAUCGCCCGUCCAAAGAAUCGAGCAUUCUCCAUCCGUUUUACUCAUUCCGCAGUAGUGGUGCACACAGAAGGCAAGCCAUACCUUAUGUUCCAGGUGGCUAAUACGCGCCCCAGUCCACUCACCAGCGUUCGGGUCUCUGCUAUUGUUUACCAAGAAACAGAUAAUGGUCAGCUGCACCAAACCAGUGUUGAUUUCCAUCUGGACAGUAUCACAUCUGAAGAAUGUCCAUUCUUCACCUUUCCACUGACCUACUAUCAUUCCAUCACUCCAUCGAGUCCUCUAGCUGGUCUCCUCCAGCGGGAAGCUCCUCACCAUUUUGAGCUAGUGAUCUUCCUCUCAGCCAUGCAGGAAGGCACAGGAGAAACAUGUCAAAGGAGGACAUCCUAUCUCCCCUCAGAGAUCAUCAUGCACCACUGUUUUGCCUCCAUGCUAGCACGAGGAACCAAAGGAGAAUAUCAGAUCAAGAUGGAGAAUUUUGACAAGACUAUUCCAGAGUUCCCACCUGCAGCAGACUCUAAGAACCCAAAAAGGACUGACCAGGAAAUCCGCAUCAAUGGACAGCUUACUGAGAGCUUCCAGAUCUGUGAGACUGGUCUAACAGAAUAGACUAUGGACUUGGCAAAACAUUUUUUUUUAAUUCCAUUAAACUUCCAGGUUCCAUUUCCAGCCUUCCUUCCUUCAAUUCCAU